CACCGGUUUUUAUCGAAGCGAAGUUAUGUAUUCAGCGUGAAAGCAUCCCAUUUUUUGUCGUCUAGUUUUGCACAGACCUCAGUAGUCGCCAUGUUAAGGGCACCGCUGUCGCGUGCUUUGCUGGUAACAAGGCAGCUGGCUCCCAGUCUCACUGGUAACCGGCUGAAUUCAACGGCAGCACCAGAGAAAGUGGAGGUAUUUGUCGAUGAUAAGAGUGUGCUAGUCGAUCCAGGUACAACAGUUCUACAGGCAUGUGCAAUGGUUGGUGUUGAGAUCCCAAGGUUCUGUUAUCAUGACAGACUCUCCGUGGCUGGCAAUUGUCGUAUGUGUCUCGUUGAAGUGGAAAAGUCUCUAAAGCCUGUAGCUGCUUGUGCUAUGCCAGUAAUGAAAGGAUGGAGAAUUAAAACCAACUCAGAAAUGACAAGAAAAGCCAGAGAGGGCGUGAUGGAAUUCCUGUUAAUGAAUCAUCCUUUGGACUGUCCCAUUUGUGACCAGGGGGGAGAAUGUGACUUGCAGGAUCAGUCGAUGGCGUUUGGUAGUGAUCGUAGUCGUUUUACCGAUAAUCAAUUCACCGGUAAGAGAUCUGUUGAGGAUAAGAAUGUUGGACCUCUCGUUAAGACCAUCAUGACGAGGUGCAUCCACUGUACACGCUGCAUCAGGUUUGCAAGUGAAGUUGCAGGUGUUGAUGAUCUUGGUACAACAGGUAGAGGUGGUGACAUGCAGGUUGGCACAUACAUAGAGAAGAUGUUUAUGUCCGAACUGUCUGGAAAUAUUAUUGAUUUGUGCCCUGUUGGAGCUUUGACGUCUAAGCCUUACGCCUUCACAGCGAGACCUUGGGAAACAAGGAAGACUGAAUCUAUUGACGUCUUAGAUGCUGUAGGGAGUAAUAUUGUUGUUAGUACACGCAGUGGAGAAGUCAUGAGAAUCCUACCUAGGCUCAAUGAGUCCAUCAAUGAAGAAUGGAUAUCAGAUAAGACUCGGUUUGCUUACGAUGGACUGAAACGUCAGAGAUUGACUGUACCGAUGGUGAAGAAUGAUGAAGGGAACCUAACACCAACCAACUGGGAGGAUGCUCUAACCAGAGUAGCUGAUAAGUUAAAUAGCACUGAUGGGUCAGACAUAGCAGCCAUAGCAGGUGGGUUGGUGGAUGCUGAAGCACUCGUUGCUUUGAAGGAUCUGCUCAAUCGACUUGGAUCUGAAUCAUUGUGUACGGAAGAAAUCUUCCCUAUGGAUGCUGCUGGAACUGACUUGCGAUCUAACUAUCUCUUGAAUACAAGUAUUGCUGGCAUUGAGGAAGCUGAUAUAGUCCUUUUGAUUGGAACCAAUCCACGAUUUGAAGCUCCGUUGUUUAAUACCAGACUGCGUAAAAGCUGGAUUCAUAAUGACCUUCAGGUCGCGAUGGUUGGGAACAAGGUGGAUCUGACGUACGAGUAUGAGCAUCUUGGAGAUAAUGCUAGCGUUCUCCAAGACAUCAUCGAUGGUAAACACCCAUUUAGUAAGACACUUAGUGAAGCGAAACGUCCCAUGAUUGUUGUUGGUAGUGGUGCUCUACAGCGUGACGAUGGUUCAACAAUACAUGGAUUGGUUGCAUCCCUCGCACAGAAGACGAGAGUUGCUAGUCAGGCAGAGGAUGGAUGGAAGAUUCUUAAUGUCCUUCACAGGGUUGCUAGCCAGGUUGCAGCUCUAGACAUUGGAUACAAGGCUGGAGUAGACUGCAUCCGGGAGAACCCACCAAAGGUUUUAUUCCUUCUAGGAGCGGAUGGAGGAACCGUGAGCCGAGCUGACCUCCCUCAAGAUUGCUUCGUUGUCUAUCAAGGUCACCAUGGUGAUGAGGGCGCUCUUAUUGCUGAUGUAGUAUUGUCUGGAGCAGCGUAUACUGAGAAGACGGCUACAUAUGUCAACACUGAGGGCAGAGCACAACAAACAAGACUUGCUGUAUCCCCACCAGGCUAUGCAAGAGAAGACUGGAAGAUUAUUAGAGCUUUAUCAGAGGUUGCAGGCCAGUCACUACCCUAUGAUGAACUACAGGAAAUAAGAAAUAGACUUACACAAGUCUCUCCUAAUCUCACAAGAUAUGGAGAUGUUGAAGAAGCUAACUUCUUUGCUCAGGCAGAGACAAUGGCUAAGGUUGCCCAAGCCAAGCUGUCCAGUAACCCCCUGGAGGCGAAACAAGUCAACUUGAAAGACUUCUAUAUGACAGACCCUAUCAGCCGAGCUUCUCUUACUAUGGCUAAGUGUGUACAAGCAGUUAAUGAAGCUCAAGCCAAGAAGUGAAAACCAAGGCAAGUAAUUAAGCACUAAAGAAGUUGACAGGAAUAACAAGUUUCCUGUAUGAGUGUUAUAUAUGAUAUGAAGUAAAAAGGUUUUAAUCGAUGGCCAUAAUAUAAGGGCCCAAUUUAUAGAGCUGCUUAAGCAAAAAUAUUUGCUUAAGCAAAAAAAUCCUUGCUUCGUUAAACCAGAUUACCUGCAAAGACUUCACUCAAUGUGUAUGCUAAGUAAACAACAGCGAAAUACCAGUCACAAGCAAUGCAUAUGGCAUGACAUUUGGCCAGUAAUAUGUGUCAAAUAACCGAGCUGUUUUUGUGCUUAAGCACAUUUUUUGCAUGAGCAUCUCUAUGAAAUUGGCCCCUGGUCCCAAUUUCAUGGCUCCGCUUACAGUAAGCACAUAAUCGCUGCUUGCUGAAGCAGGGAAUUUGCAAUUAUCGAUUAUGUCAAGUGUAUUUUACGGUUUAGCAGGGAAUUUAUUGCCUGUGCGCAAGGAUAAUUACUAGGCAUUCUUCGCUUACACAGGUAGCGCAGGAGUUUGCCGCUUGCGCAGUUAGUGGAGAACGGUGAAUGCAAGCGCAGAAAUCGGCAGUAAGCAGAGCCAUGAAAUUGGGCCCUAUUCAUACCAGCAACAUUGAAGUGACAAAAUAUACGCGAGCAUACUCCAUAAAUCUAGGCAUUCUUCGCAUACACAGCUAGCACAGAAGUUUGGCGCUUGCACAGUUAGUGGAGAACGGUGAUUACAAGCGCAGAAAUCGGCAGUAAGCAGAGCCAUGAAAUUGGGCCCUGUUCAAACAAGCAACAUUAAAGUGACAAGUUAUAAUUUCAUGUCGGUGGUUGGAUAAUUCCAAGACUGUUUUGAAACUUGGUUUCCAGUUUUAAGUAGUCAAAUGAGGAGAAAUGUUUAAACAAUGACAAGGAAGUCUGUCCAAACAAACAAUGAUAAAUUUGCAAGUUACAGUUUCAAAAUAGUGGUUGGAUUUUGAUAAUUCCGAGACUGAUUUGAAACUGUGUUUCGGGUGUUUGCAGAGUAAUGUAAAAAAACCAUGAUGGAACUAUAUGAAGACUUCAAUGUCAGUGUUGUAUGACGCACAAUACUCAACUUUAAAGAUCAACUUGUACAUAAAUAAUGACAAUGUACUUUUGUGAUAGAAAGCUAAUUGAGUGUGUAAUGAAUACAUAUAAUUGGGUAAAACUUUAAUUAAUACAAAUGGUUUAAAUUGGGGACAAACCUCAUUUACAAAUAUCCACAAAAAAUAGUCAAAUUUGUUUGAGUGACUUUGUUCAAGUUGAUCUUUAAAAACAAUAAUUUUGGCAUGUGGAGUUCAAUGCCUGCAUUUCCUAUAUUAUAAGUCACCGCGUUUCAUGAUCAUAUUUUAUUCUCUAACUGAUUUAAAGAUCAGGUCAAUUACAUUGAAUUAAAAUACCAAGACGUGUGAUUUUGAUCCAUAUUUAUUGGUUCCAGCUUCCAGUUAAGUAAAAACACUUUUAAUGAAAUUCAUAGCAUUACAUUCAGUAGUUGCUGUGCAAAGAUUACAAAUGCUAUUAAUAAUAAUGUGGUCCAUCAAGAAUAUCCUAUUUUGAAGUUUCUUCACCAAAUUUUAUUUUAUUUCCAAGUGUAAUUUCUAGAACAAACGGUUUGAAAAACAAGCGACCGGUAGCAAUAAGAAUGAAAAAAACUUGUACAAAUAUCUUCGUCACAAUAAAAGUAGCAAUGUUUGAAGUAAAGAACUAAGUUUAAUUAAGUUGGACCGCUUGGCAUGUCAACUGUACAUACACAUUGUGAUUGUUUUCCAAUAAAUAUUUGUUGGAUUGAAAACGAAAAA